AUGGCGCUCUCCCGUGUGAAGUCUGCUUUAUCAGAGACAUUCCCAGAACUGUUUGUGUCGUCUAAUGGCAGCAGUCGGCUCUUGGAAUACACUGAGGACGAAAUACAUUACAGUGAAAGGCUUCAGAGGCCUGAAGAGUACGUCUUAUGCAUUCAUCAAGGAAGCGGUCCACUCAGCUUCCAACCUGUGGGCGUGUGGUCCUCUACUUCCGGUCUCACAAUGUUCAACGUCCCAAAACCUGAUGGAGUUUUCUUUAACAAAACUUUGCGCGUGGGAGUGUUGGAGGCCAUUCCCUUUCUGAAGCGCCUGUCCGACCAGUCCGACAACAUCGUGUACGAGGGCCUGUGUAUUGACAUUCUUCAGGAACUGUCACACCGCCUCAACUUCUCAUAUCAGCUUAUUGAGUCCACUGAUGGUCUCCUUGGUGCUCCCACCGCCAACGGAUCAUGGAAUGGGCUGGUAGCUAUGUUGCUGCAUGACGAGCUUGAUCUGGCAAUCGGCCCGCUGACAAUCACAUCAGUUCGCCAGUCUGUCAUAGAUUUCACGGUUCCUUACAUGGAAGACGGCGGCGCCAUCUUGACCAAGGGAGACAAGCCUCCUGACCUGCUCUACCAGUUCCGUCCCUUUUCGCCGGGCGUGUGGCUGCUGCUCUGGUUCGAGCGGUACCCCACCUGUACGCCCGCCCGACUGGUGUUGGGCUGUUGGUGGGUCUUCUCUAUCCUCAUCGUCUCCAUGUACACGGCCACAUUGGCGGCCAUGCUGACCGUUACUGUCGGUGUGGGUAACAUCGACUCCAUCGACGACCUUGCAGAAUCGUCGCUCACCCCGAUCACCUUGGCGGGUAGCAGCUGGGAGACAUUGUUUCUCACAGCAAAGAGUGGCGCUGUUCAGAAUGUCGGGAGGAGAAUGGUCCACAGCCCUUAUGUCAAAACUGAUGCCGACGCUGUGAAGUAUGUAAUGGAAGGCUCGGCUGCAUACAUCGAGGGCCAAAACAUUAUCAGCUACUUGUACAACAAGGACUGCAAACACCUGCACAUAACAAAGGACACCUUCAUCAGUAUGGGGCUGGGUUUCGCCGUGCCAAAGAAUGCCAACUACCGAGAACAAAUGAACACCGUACUUCUGGAACUGCAAGAGAGUGGUCUAAUGAACCUGUGGCGCAGCAGGUGGUGGGGUCUGGAAUUCGACUGUGAUAAUCACGAUGGAUCCGUCAGGUCUUACCGACAGUUAGACUUCGUCAGCAUAGGUGGCGUUCUCAUCUUGUACCUUGCAGUCAUCACACUUGCCAUCGUCUGCCUCUUCGCCCAGUUGUUCUACAAGCAGCGAAAACGUUGCAGAAGUCAAAAGUUGCAAGGGUCAUCGACGAAUUUGUCGGAUGCUCUACACCAGUCUCAGAAAAGCCAUGAAAGCAAAACAUCAGAGAAGUCAAGUGAAAACACGAGUCAGAGUUCGCUUUCUUCUGAUGUUUGA